AUCCUGAAGCAAAGUGAGGGGGUGCAUGAGGAGGUUACCGCAGUCAUCAUCUUCCUCCUCCUUCAUCCCUUUCCUCUGUGUUGCGGUGGUAUUCUGGAAAGUGAUAGUGGCUGGUGGCAGUGGAGGGUUAUUGGUGCUGUGCUUGAGGAAGAGAGCAUUGCUAAAGCAGGUGUUUGCGCUCAGCAGAGCAGCAACACCCAGAGAAAGCUGUCUGUGUGCUGCAGGUGAUGCGCUUGUGAGUUGCCACAGACAUUACAGAUCCCGUCCUACACAUGGUAUUGGGAAGUUUAAAUACCUGCUCCCGAAGGAGGCUCCAAAGAAGAGAAAGGAUAAAGUACAGAUGAAAGAGAUAAAUGUUGGAACCGAAUAUGAGUAUGGAGAUGUCAACAUCCAGAUGACUUCCUAUGAUAUGUGUCUCGUGGAGCAUUUUGCUCAGUAUGUGCAUAAACUCUGCAACCGACUCUCCAUCAGAGUGAAUGAAAGCUACGCGAUGCCCACCAAAACCAACGAAGUGCUGUUCUUGGAAGAGCGAGGUUCCAAAAUGCAGCUGGAUGCAGUCCUCACUACCCAUCAGAGGGUUGUCCAGAUCAGCGGUUUGAGUUCAACGUUUGCUCCGAUACUCUUGGAAAUUAUUCAGAGUAAUCAGCCUGAAGGGGUCCAUCUGUUAGUGAAAGAGCACACAGAAGCUGACUUCAAGAGCCGAUUAAAGUCUCGACCAGAACUUGAAGAGCUGCUAGCGCAGAUGAACUGAAGUGAGGAAGAAUGCUCCAUCCAUUUCAGAGCUGCCCCUGGGAAAGCAAGCCUUCUCCCCCAUGGCCGUUUGAGCCUCCAGAAGGCAACUUCAUGAGCAGUGUACCAAUAAUUUGGUGAAUUGGAAGAAAUUUCCACUGUU